CCAGAUUUCGUGAUUUUCAAAAAGCCUAGUCUCUCUUCCAACCCCUCUUUCUUUCACCAUACAAAUGGCAAGAGAAACACUGUCUACGUCAUCAAUGGAGGAAGACGAAGAGGAACAAAUUUUCUCCGAUUCCGAUCUGAGCGAUUCCAGUGACGGUUACACCUUUGAUCGCCAAGAAGAAGAAGAAGAGAACGACGAUAACAAUGGAGAAUCUAAUGCGCACCUUCCGCCGUCCGAUGAAGAUCUCAAAUCCAAGAACGUCCAUGCUUUAUUAAGGGGCAACCUUAUUGUAAGAAGACAAUCGCUGCUUCCACGACUGCUUUCAGUGACAGAAGGAGCUGCAGUUUGUAGGAAACCAUUUAAGCCUCCAUGUUCUAAUGGCUACGGUAACGGGAAUGAACAUCUUGCACGACGUCUUUGGGCUCGGAAAAGGUUUGUUCCUUGGGGCUCUUCAAGGCCAGCGUUAGUUGCAAUAACCAAUCGGCUGGAUAUAACUAGAGCAGAUGGGACUGAUAUUGUUGAGGAAAUUGUGACUCUGCCACCUGGUGUUGAGCCUCUGGUAUUGUGGCAACCUGAACAAUCUGAGGCUGAACCCAACAACUUGGUGCCCAUAGCUGUGGAUCCCUUGCUUGUUCGUUUUCUUCGACCCCAUCAAAGGGAAGGGGUUCAGUUCAUGUUUGACUGUGUUUCCGGGUUAUAUGAUGCUGCCAAUAUAAAUGGAUGCAUUCUUGCUGAUGAUAUGGGUUUGGGAAAGACAUUGCAGUCAAUCACUUUACUUUAUACUCUUCUACGUCAAGGGUUUGAUGGGAAUCCGAUGGUUAAGAAGGCCAUAAUUGUCACCCCAACCAGUCUUGUUAGUAACUGGGAGGCAGAAAUCAAGAAGUGGGUUGGAGAAAAAGUUCAGCUUGUUGCUCUUUGUGAAAGCAGCAGAGAUGACGUUGUCUCUGGAAUUGACAGCUACACAAGUCCCCAUAGCUCAUUGCAGGUAUUGAUUGUUUCAUAUGAGACAUUUAGGAUGCAUUCAUCAAAAUUUUGCCAAAGUGAGUCUUGUGAUCUUCUUAUUUGUGAUGAGGCUCACAGGCUGAAAAAUGACCAGACAAUAACAAACCGGGCGUUGGCUGCUCUCUCAUGUAAGCGCAGGAUUUUGUUAUCUGGAACGCCCAUGCAGAAUGACCUUGAAGAGUUCUUUGCCAUGGUCAACUUUACUAAUCCAGGGAUUUUGGGUGAUGCUGCGUACUUUCGUCGUUACUAUGAGACGCCGAUCAUUUGUGGAAGAGAACCAACUUCUGGUGAAGAAGAGAAGAAGCUAGCUGCAGAACGUUCUUCAGAAUUAAGUGCAAAAGUAAAUCAGUUCAUAUUGAGGAGGACUAAUGCCUUGCUAUCAAAUCAUCUGCCUCCAAAGAUAGUUGAAGUAGUUUGCUGCAAGUUGACUCCUCUUCAGUCUGAGUUAUACAAUCAUUUUAUACACUCAAAAAAUGUUAAACGAGCCAUCACUGAAGAAACAAAGCAAACAAAGAUAUUGGCUUAUAUUACAGCUCUUAAGAAGCUCUGCAAUCAUCCGAAGCUCAUUUAUGAUACUAUAAGAAGUGGAAGUCCAGGAACUGCAGGAUUUGAGGACUGUAUGCGCUUUUUCCCACCAGAGAUGUUCUCAGGAAGAUCGGGAUCAUGGACUGGUGGUGAUGGGGCUUGGGUUGAAUUGUCUGGGAAAAUGCAUGUAUUGGCACGAUUGCUGGCUCAUCUCCGUCAGAGAACUGAUGAUCGCAUUGUUCUUGUCUCAAACUAUACACAGACACUGGACUUGUUUGCUCAAUUGUGUCGAGAAAGAAGAUAUCCAUACUUGAGGCUUGAUGGAACUACAUCAAUUAGCAAAAGACAGAAACUAGUUAAUCGCUUUAAUGACUCAACCAAGGAUGAGUUUGUGUUUCUAUUAAGUAGCAAGGCGGGUGGUUGUGGUCUCAAUUUGAUUGGUGGUAAUCGACUAGUCUUGUUUGACCCUGAUUGGAACCCUGCUAAUGAUAAGCAAGCUGCUGCAAGGGUUUGGAGAGAUGGGCAGAAAAAGAGAGUUUACAUCUACAGAUUCCUAAGUACAGGAACAAUUGAAGAAAAGGUGUACCAGCGUCAAAUGUCAAAGGAAGGGCUGCAAAAGGUUAUCCAGCAGGAGCAAGUGGACAGCCUUAUGGGACAGGGAAACAUUUUCUCGACAGAAGAUUUACGUGAUCUUUUCACAUUUUAUGAUAAUGUGAGGUCUGAAAUUCAUGAAAAGAUGAAUUGCAACCGCUGUGAAAAUUAUGAUAUGGGGUCUGAAAACAUAGGAGAGCAGGAAGAAUGUGAAUCAGAAAAUGGAAGCUCUGGAUCUGAUCAAGAGGUUUUUGACAUAGGUGGAUUUGCAGGAAUAGCUGGAUGUUUGGAUAAGUUAAAGAGCUCAGAAAAACAGGUGGGAACUCCCUUAGAAGAGGAUUUAGCUAGCUGGGGGCAUCAUUUUCGCUCUGAAACAGUACCUGAUGCCAUUCUGCAAGCUUCGGCUGGUGCUGAGGUCACAUUUGUUUUCACUAACCAAGUAGAUGGGAAGCUGACUCCAAUGGAAUCGAAGGUGAACCCGAGGAUGCAGGAAAGGGAAGGAGGCAAAACCCAAAAUAUUGGAAAAGUUAACAUGAUGGAAAGAGAAGGAAAGAAGAUGCAGAAUACCUUGAAGCAAAACCUGGAACAUCACAAACUAUUAAAUUCUGUUUCUCUCAAUAGAAAUUCUUUGAGGAUAACGCCACCAUUUACUUCUUCCUCCACCCUUUUCCAAGGGAAAAUUGUGAAAUCUGUGACAACUUCCUUAAAAGGUGCAUUUCAUGAGACGAUGACGGUUGGACUUUCUCCUGGAAGCCAAUUACCCCUUAAAAGAUCUUCCCCUUCUUCUGUAGAACAUGAUGAUGAUGAUUUUCAAUAAGAGCUUUAGGCUGCAUA